AAAAAAAAAAAUCAAAUCGAAAACUUCAUCUAAACUUCAUCUUAACAUCAUCAUAACUUCAACCAUGUCUGUCGACUUCAAUACCGUUGCUACCGAAUUCUGUAACUUCUACUAUCAACAAUUCGAUUCUGAUAGAUCUCAAUUGGGUAACUUGUACAGAGAUCAAUCCAUGUUGACUUUUGAAACUUCUCAAUUACAAGGGGCUAAAGAUAUCGUUGAAAAAUUGGUCUCUUUACCUUUUGCUAAAGUUGCCCACAGAAUCUCUACUUUGGAUGGACAACCUGCUUCUCCAAACGGUGACAUUUUAGUAAUGGUUACUGGUGAAUUAUUAAUUGAUGAUGAACAAAAUGCCCAACGUUAUUCUCAAGUCUUCCAUUUAAUCCCUGAUGGAAACUCUUACUAUGUCUUUAAUGAUAUCUUUAGAUUAAACUACUCUUAGUUUUUUUUUCUCUAUUUCUUCUUUGCACUUGUCUUAUUCUUUUCUAG